AUGACUCAUGAAAGAGGUCACGUCCAAGCUGCUGGGUUUGAAUUGAAUCGAGCUGCUGAGUCAUGUCUAACCUACCCCGGACCGUUGAUUUUUCCAGCCCGCUAUCUUUUUGCGACAGACAGGCGCCCAAGCUUUGCUUUUAUGACCGACAACGUCACGACUCUAAACCAAACAAUCACAAACAUGGAUUCCACACAAGUCAAGGCUGCUGUCAUCAAGCAGGUCCAACAGGAGGCCAACCUGGUUAACGCCCGCACUCUCAUUGAGAAACUCCAAGAGACCUGCUUUGAGAAGUGCGUCCCCAAGCCCGGAACUUCUCUAUCGAGCGGCGAGACGACUUGCAUGACCAGCUGCAUGGAGAAGUACAUGGCCGCUUGGAACAUGGUCAACGCAGCGUACAUUGCCCGAUUAAGGCAAGAGUCUGCUAGCUUGCAGAAUUGAAGAAGCGAAGAUUCUCAAAAUCAAAAACUAACGGCUUGCGACAAUUUUUAUGAAAGCGCAAGAUUGUAACAUAUUGUGACAACACGGGUCGGAUGACACCCACGAGGAGAUAUUAUCAUGUAC